AUGAAAGAUUCAUUUAAUGAUUGCGUUCAAUUUGUAAACAAAUUACCAAAGACGGUAAAUUUAUCAGUUGAUGUAAAAUUAGACUUAUACAAAUAUUAUAAGCAGAGUACCGUCGGUAAUUGCAACAUAGAACAACCAAGCAUGUUUAAAAUUGAGGAUAGAAAAAAAUACAAUGCUUGGAAAUCCAUUGAAAACUUAGAAAGAGAAGAAGCACAAAAAAGAUAUAUGGAUAUUGUAACGUCCUUGUUUCCAAAUUGGAAAGAUAGUGAAUAA